AUGGCAGACCUGGAGGCGGUGUUGGCGGACGUCAGCUACCUCAUGGCCAUGGAGAAGAGCCGCAGCUCCCCCGCGGCCCGCGCCAGCAAGAAGCUCGCCCUGCCGGAGCCCAGCAUCCGCAGCGUCAUGCAGAAGUAUUUGGAGGACAGGGGAGAGCUGACCUUCGACAAGGUCUUCAAUCAGAAGAUCGGGUUCCUGCUCUUCCGAGACUUUUGCCAGAGCGAGGUCGACGAAGGCGUCCCGCAGCUGAAGUUCUACGAAGAGAUCAAGGAGUACGAGAAAGUGGACUCUGAGGAGGAGCGUCUCAUCAGGAGCCGCCAAAUCUACGACACCUUCAUUAUGAAGGAGCUGCUCUCCUGCUCCCACGCCUUUUCGAAGGAAGCCGUCAGUCACGUGCAGACCCGCCUGGCCAAGAAGCAGGUCCCCAUCACCCUCUUCCAGCCCUACUUAGAAGAAAUCUGUGACAGCUUGCGAGGAAGCAUCUUCCAGCUGUUUCUGGAAAGUGAUAGGUUUACGAGAUAUUGCCAGUGGAAAAAUGUAGAGCUGAACAUUCACCUGACCAUGAAUGACUUCAGUGUCCAUCGGAUUAUCGGUAGAGGGGGCUUUGGAGAAGUCUACGGCUGCCGUAAAGCGGACACAGGGAAAAUGUACGCCAUGAAAUGUUUGGAUAAGAAGCGGAUCAAGAUGAAGCAGGGGGAAACCUUGGCCUUGAACGAACGCAUCAUGCUCUCCCUCGUCAGCACCGGGGACUGUCCUUUCAUUGUGUGCAUGACGUAUGCCUUCCACACGGCCGACAAGCUCUGCUUCAUCCUGGACUUGAUGAAUGGUGGGGACCUGCACUACCACCUCUCCCAGCACGGGGUCUUUCCGGAGAAGGAGAUGCGCUUCUACGCCAGCGAGAUCAUCCUGGGACUGGAACACAUGCACAGCCGUUCUGUGGUCUACCGGGACCUGAAGCCGGCAAACAUCCUUCUGGACGAACACGGCCACGUGCGGAUCUCCGACCUGGGCCUGGCUUGUGAUUUCUCCAAGAAGAAGCCCCACGCCAGCGUGGGGACCCACGGCUACAUGGCUCCGGAGGUGCUGCAGAAGGGAACGGCCUACGACUGCACUGCCGACUGGUUCUCCCUGGGCUGCAUGCUGUUCAAGCUGCUCAGAGGGCACAGCCCUUUCAGACAGCACAAAACCAAAGACAAGCACGAGAUCGACCGCAUGACGCUCACCGUGAACGUGGAGCUGCCGGAUUCCUUUUCCCCCGAACUCCAGUCUCUCCUGGAGGGGCUUCUGCAGCGGGACUCCACGAAGCGGCUCGGCUGCCAAGGUGGCAGUGCCCAGGAGGUCAAGGCUCACCCUUUCUUCCAAGGCAUUGACUGGCAGCACGUUUACCUGCAAAAGUACUCCCCGCCCCUGAUCCCCCCCCGGGGAGAGGUCAACGCAGCAGAUGCCUUCGACAUCGGCUCCUUCGACGAAGAGGACACGAAGGGAAUCAAGCUGCUGGAUUACGACCAGGAGCUCUACAAGAAUUUUCCCCUGGUGAUUUCCGAGCGUUGGCAGCAGGAAGUGGCCGAAACGGUGUUCGAGGCGGUGAAUGCCGACACGGACAAGGCAGAGCUGCGGAAGCGAGCGAAGAACAAGCAGCUGGGCCACGAGGAAGAUUACGCUCUGGGGAAGGACUGCAUCAUGCACGGCUGCAUGCUGAAGCUGGGCAACCCCUUCCUGACGCAGUGGCAGCGGCGCUACUUCUACCUCUUCCCCAACCGGCUGGAGUGGCGAGGGGAAGGAGAGUCCCGGCAAAACCUGCUGACGAUGGAACUGAUCCUCUCGGUGGAGGAAACGCAGGUCAAGGAUAAAAGGUGCAUCCUGCUCCGCAUUAAAGGAGGGAAGCAGUUUGUCCUGCAGUGCGAGAGGCAGGGCGGUUGGUGGGGGCCUGCUCAAAGGGGCCCCUUCCAUUUCCCCCGAUUGACUGAAUAA